GUUGUACCUUAGGUAGGUACACUACGAAAGUACUAUUCGUACCACUAAACGCAUGGACCCUGUCGUCCUCGCUCCAAACAAGACAAAGCAUCUGCUCUUCAGGGCGUGAAGAACAGCCCAGUCAGUUCUAAGGAGACGACAGAAAGGCUCACGGAAGACAUUCGUCUCACCUGGGCACGGUUUAAUUCGUACUGUUUUCGUACCUGGGAAGCAGCCCCCAUCUACUGUCGGCUUUUCCUCCAUCUCACCUCGACGACGGUUUGCCCCUACCUUAAUAGCAACAGGGGCAUCUCUCUUUGCUCUAUUCCACCACAAAAGUCAACGUCCAUAUCACGACGAAUUUCAACACUGAGACUCCUCCUGGCGCACAUCGUCUUUCUGUGUUUUCCUUUAUUUCUCGUCUACCAUGACUAGGAACGCGCGACGAAACAGCGUCAUCGUCGCCGCUGUCUGUUACUUGAUCGCUAUCGUGUUCCUCAUCCUCGUCCUCACAGGGAACACCUACAACAGGCCCAUUCUCGCAGACAUCUAUUUCUUCCGUCUCGACGUCUCGGAGGUCAUCCCCGUCUCCGUUCCCAAUGCCGUCCUUCUCAAUAGCAUUGCUCGAAGCCUCGGCCUUCAUGACUUCUACCAGGUUGGUCUCUGGAACUUUUGCCAAGGUUACCUUGAUGAGGGCUUCACCGACUGCUCCACCCCCACGGCCGGCUGGUGGUUCAACCCAGUCGAGAUCAUGACCGAGCAGCUCCUCUCCGGCGCCUCCAUCGCCCUCCCGGCCGAGAUCAACACCGCCCUCACCAUCCUCCGCAUCGGCCAGCAGGUCAUGUUCGGCUUCUUCCUCGCCGGCAUCUGCCUCGCCUUCAUCGUCAUGCUGCUCACCCCCGUCGCCCUCCGCUCCCGCUGGUGGUCCCUGCCCCUCGCCCUCCUGGCCUGCCUCACCGCCGUCCUCGUCACCGUCGCCAGCACCAUCGGCACCGCCAUGAGCCUCGCCGCCAAGUUCGCCAUCACCGCCCAGUCCGAACUCAACCUCCGCGCCGACAUCGGCGUCCGCAUGUUCGUCUUCAUGUGGAUCGCCUCCGUCAUGGUCAUCGUCGCCUUCUUCGUCCACGCCAUCAUGGGCUGCUGCUGCCGCCUUGACCGCUCCGGUGUUGGUGAGAAUGCCGACGCCGCCGAGGGGAGUGGGAGCCCCAAGGAGGAGAAGGCGUCGAGGUCUUCUUUGGGCCAGGUGCCUAAGCUGCCCAAUUUCAUGCGCAAGCGCCGAAGUGCCCAGCCAACGGUAUCCCCUGUAUCCCCUGCAUCAUGAAAUCGUUGCAACACGGUAGAAUAUGCGGAAUGGUAGCCCGGGGGGAACUCUAGACAUUGGUCUCAGGCUCGCGUCUUUCUCCCAUAGCUGCUCAUUUAAGGCAGAAGCGACUCUUUUUUUUAUUUUAUUCUUUUUGGUUCUUUUUCACUUUGCAUCAUAGAGCGGCACAGUUCAUUCCACUACAUCUGCAGUAUAGAUAGGCGUACGACAGGCUGUAAUCCACACACGAAGCCAUUUCCCAGCAAAGGCGAAGGCUCAACGAGGACAUGUAGGCAUGGCGUUUGUUGUACACGUAGUAGUAGAAUAUAUGGUGAUUCAGCUGAUCGUUCAGGCUCUGGGCAAGAACACAAAAGUAACCCGGCCUGGUCUCCUAGAAAGCCCGGCCCGGGUGAACGCUUGAGGUGAAGGCAGAC